ACAAAACAUGGUACUUCUCAUCAAAUGGGACUAUGGAAUCCCUUCAAUUUCAAACUUCGUUUAAAGGCAACUAUUUUCUUUAAAAUAGCUGACACUGAAAUCUCACCGUACUAGGUGGAGAGCCCCACUUCAAAGGGCUUAUUGAAGAAUACAUAUAUAUAUACUCAUGAACCCAGAAAACAAAUAGCAUAUUCCAAUUACCCAUUCCUCAGAUUCCAAUAAAGGAUGUGAGACUUUGCCAACCAAAAAUGAAAUUGAUCAAUCUGGUUUUAUAUAACUUCCUCCAUUGUUGAACCAUCUUCAAUAGGUGAGGAAGACAGAAAACAUACAACAAGCCAAUGAAGAACUUUGCUCCAUGGAUUCCUGUGAGCAUUUGUUUAGUCCUAACAAGGAUUUUGGUGACUGAAAGUCGCAUACCCACUACUCUAGAAGGUCCAUUUCCGCCUGUAACUCGCCGCUUUGAUCCAUCACUGCGUAGAGGUAGUGAUGAUUUGCCUAUGAAUCAUCCAAGGUUGAAGAAGAAUGUCACCUCAAAUUUCCCAGAGCAGAUAGCUUUGGCAAUAUCUUCACCAACUUCAAUGUGGGUUUCUUGGGUUACUGGGGAUGCACAAAUUGGUUCAAAUGUGAAGCCACUUGAUCCUUCGAAGGUUGCAAGUGAGGUGUGGUGUGGCAAGAAAAGUGGCAAGUAUACGAAAUUGCAGAGAGGGGUUUCCACUGUUUAUAAUCAGUUGUAUCCAUUUGAAGGCCUUUUGAAUUACACCUCUGGGAUUAUUCACCAUGUCAGGCUUGAUGGUCUUGAACCUGGAACAAAAUAUUUUUACAAGUGUGGAGAUAGCUCUUUUCCAGCUAUGAGUGAAGAGCAUUCCUUUGAGACUUUACCAAUCCCUAGCCCAAAUGCCUAUCCUUCUCGAAUUGCUGUUAUUGGAGAUUUGGGUCUCACUAGCAAUACCACCACAACCAUUGAUCAUUUAAUUCAAAAUGAUCCAUCAAUGAUUUUAAUGGUUGGAGACUUGAGCUAUGCUAACCAGUACCUCACAACUGGUGGAAAAGGAGCUCCAUGCUUCUCAUGUGCAUUCCCGGAUGCCCCUAUAAGAGAGACAUAUCAACCCCGCUGGGAUGGGUGGGGAAGGUUCAUGGAGCCUUUAACCUCGAGAGUGCCUAUGAUGGUUAUUGAAGGAAACCAUGAGAUUGAACCUCAGGUUUCUGGAAUCACUUUCCAAUCCUAUGUGACAAGAUUUGCAGUGCCCUCGAAGGAGUCUGACUCUGGAAGUAACUUUUACUACUCUUUUGAUGCUGGAGGAGUACAUCUUAUCAUGCUGGGAGCAUAUGUUGACUACAAUGCUACUGGUGCUCAAUAUGCUUGGCUAAAGAAAGAUCUGAGGAAAGUAGACCGCACUGUGACCCCAUGGUUGGUAGCUGCAUGGCAUCCUCCUUGGUAUAAUAGUUAUUCUUCUCACUACCAGGAAUUUGAAUGCAUGAGGCAGGAAAUGGAAGCACUCCUAUACCAAUAUGGUGUCGAUAUAGUUUUUACUGGCCAUGUGCAUGCGUAUGAGCGGAUGAAUAGAGUCUUUAACUAUACAUUGGAUCCAUGUGGACCUGUUUACAUAACGGUUGGAGAUGGAGGAAAUAUUGAGAAGGUGGAUGUUGAACAUGCAGAUGACCCGGGAAAAUGUCCGUCGGCUGGAGACAACAUACCAGAAAUUGGAGGGGUAUGCCAUAUUAAUUUUUCUUCUGGCCCUGCUAAAGGACAGUUUUGUUGGAACGAGCAGCCAGAGUGGAGUGCAUUCAGAGAAAGCAGCUUUGGGCAUGGAAUACUUGAGGUUGUGAACUCUACAUAUGCACUGUGGACCUGGCAUAGGAAUCAAGAUAUAUACGAGGAAGAUAGCCAUGGCGAUCAAAUAUACAUUGUUCGACAACCUGAACUAUGCUUUUCAACUUUAAGUUCCUCGGUUAAUCACACUUUGCCCACCACACUGUCUCCGGUGUCUCACUGCCAUUCUAUGGUGCACUCUCUUGCCUUGCCAUUCUUGGGAGUUUUUUCUCUCCUAAUGUCUCUUUGCGUAAUUGUACAUUAGGUAACCUCUUUUUUCCAUGUCAGCUCAAUUUUCCCAACUCUAAGGAAAGAGGCAACACCUUUGAAGAAGUUGGCAAUUGUUUUUUUACUGUUUUGGUGUACAUUUUGUAUUCUUUGAGUCUAUGUUCAGGUAAAAAUAUACUACAGUUUUUACAGUUUUUUUGAUCCUUGAUCAUACAGUGAAUAUUUUUUUGACUUCAGAAUGAACUUGGACACAAUUUUAUAGAUAAAGUGGAAAUAAAACUGAAAUUGGAAUUGGUUUUACAA